AUGGGAAAGGUAACGUUUAUGUUUUGCACAUUGGUUAUAGAGAUGGCUAUACUUUGGGGCUAUGCCAACGCACAAGAACAGGUCGGGUUUCAAAAUCUCUGCCUAGGAAAUGAGAAGACAACUCGCCUUCAAGUUUUUGUGCAGGAUGAAUUGGGAGGUGAGAACCCAACUGUCUGGGACGUGGCACGUAGCAACAUUACAUCUACUUCGCCAACAUCCUUUGGCCAAGUCAGAGUCCUGGAUGAUCUAUUGACAGACGGACCUGAUCGCAACUCAAAAAGAGUGGGCCGAGCUCAGGGGCUUAUUACAUCUGCUGACUUACAAGUAUCAGCCCUCGCAAUGAACCUCAACUUUGUAUUUACAUCAGGACAGUACAAUGGAAGUACCCUGUGCAUACUGGGGAGGAAUCCAUUAGAGAACCAAUAUAGAGAGUUGGCCAUUGUUGGAGGCACCGGAGUUUUUCGAAUGGCUCGUGGAUAUGCCAUUACCAGCACUUACUCGUAUGAUGAUGAAACGAGUUAUGGUGUAUUGGAGUACAAUAUUUAUGUUGCUUAUAUUACCAGCACUUACUCGUAUGAUGUUGAAACGAGUUAUGGUGUUUUGGAGUACAAUAUUUAUGUUGCUUAUGUUGAUGCAUCCAACGAGAACAUGCAAUCCUUAAAUUAA